AUGCCUUCAUCGAGCGGCACGAAGCUAGCCACGGAACCCGGCGGAGCUGGGCGCAACCAACUGAUGCACUCUAGCAAUGCGCACGAACCGUACCUGUUGCAUCCCCUGCCCGCAAAGCAGCCUCUCUUGGUUGAAAAUGCAGCCGGCAUGUUCUCGACCUUGAAAACCGGCCACCGGGUCCUUGAUGCCUGCGGCGUCUCCAUCAUCGACCACGGCAGCGGCGCCGUCCGAACGGCAAUCGUGGAGCAAAUGAACAAGGUGUCCUACACGCACUCAAUGAUGCACACAAACGACGCGGCCGAGGCUUUGGCCAGGUUUCUUCUUCAAGACCAGUCCCUGGGCUUGACGAAAGCGUAUUUUGUUGGCUCCGGCAGCGAAGCAAUGGAGUCCGCAAUGAAGCUCGCCACGUCAUAUCACAAUGCCAACGGCGAGCCCGGGCGAACGCAUUUUGUCUCCAGGAAACAAGCGUACCAUGGAAACACCAUUGGGGCGAUGAGCAUCAGCACGCACCUGGGAAGAAAAGCGCCGUACGUGACGGCCUUUAAUCGGCUGGAUGUGAGCCACGUAAGUGCCGCAUAUGCCUAUCGCGGCCAGCACGCCGACAAGACCGAGGUGCAGUAUGCGGCUAGACUCGUCCGCGAACUGGAGGCAGAAUUUCUGAAGGUCGGUCCUCACCGAGUUGCUGCUUUUGUUGCCGAGACCGUCGGCGGGUCUACGGCCGGGUGCAUUACUCCGCCAAAGACUUAUUUUGAAGGCGUACGGCGCAUUUGCACCAAGUACGGCCUUUUACUCAUACUGGACGAAGUCAUGUGCGGCAGUGGUCGCACCGGAACGUACUUUGCCUUCGAGGCAGAGGGACAGGUGCAGCCUGAUCUGGUUGCCAUUGGCAAAGGGCUUUCGGGAGGUUAUCUUCCCAUUGCGGCGACACUUGUGCGGGGGCGUGUGUACGACGCGAUCGAAAGCAAUGGCGGGUUUGUGCAUGGCCACACGUAUCAAGCGCACCCCCUCAGCUGCGCAGCAGCACUGGCUGUGCAGAAAAUAGUCAGGCGGGUUGACAUGCUUUCCAGGUGCAAGCAGCUCGGCGCGCUUCUGGAGAAUCUUUUGAAGCAAUCGCUCCAGGGAUCAAAGUACGUCGGGGAUAUUCGCGGCCGCGGGUUGUUUUGGGCGGUUGAAUUUGUGGAAGACACAAACUCAAAGCAGCCUCUAGAUGCCAUGUUUGCCUUUGCCAAUAAAAUGAGGAGCCUUGCACACGAACACGGCGUAGCCAUACUAUCCGGGAGUGGAACAGCAGAUGGACUAGUCGGCGACCACAUCAUGCUGGCGCCGCCUCUACUGAUAACGAAAAGAGAGCUUUGGAUGCUGGUGAGCAUUGUUAAACUGGUCUAUGUUCAAGCGGAGACGGCUUAUGACGAGGCGAAGGUACGCGGGGCAAACAAGGCGAUUACCACGACCUAUCAACCACCUCAGACCAAAGCUUCACAGCACUGUUAG